AUGACCGACGGUCUUUGCGCUCCACGAAUAUCGAAAAAUGUGGCUAGAGAGCAUAAUAUGUGUUGUAACUAUGGUCGAUCACAAAAAUUCGUUGAACAACGUCGAAAAACGACUGCAUCUCAGCAGAUUCAUUCUGCCAAACUAAUUUGGCAAGCAAGAGCCGAUGAACAAAGAGUCGAAGGCGAAAUCGCUAUUCUUCGACAAAAAGUGUACUUACAACGACUACCACAAGCAUUCGAUUGUCUCAUUCAUCAAUCUGCCGAUGAUGUCGAUACAAUGCUGUCAUACUCGGUGCUUGACAAUAACAAAUGUGCUAGUUUAUCAUCACUUUGUUCCAAAAUGGUUGCACAAUAUAAAUACGAUAUUAUGGCCAUGAAGAUUGUCACGAAAGAAGAAUUGGCACGAUCUCAUGCUAAACGAGCCACCGACGAAAAGAAAAAGUUAGUCGAAAGUGAUGGACAAGACCCACAGAUAACGGCACAAAUGACCCAUAUCAUUGAAGAACGGGAAUUGAAUAUGGUCAAACGUGCUCAACAGAUUCGCCAACGACAAAUCGAGUCUUUUUUCGUCGACGCUCCGGCGGUAGUUAUGGACGACGGCCUUGCUGUCACCAACACCGUCGGAGCCAACUUCUAA